AUGGCGACCACAGGCCAGGGGCCUGUACUUUUCGUGCCCCUAAGAGAACCUCCAAUCAUUCCCCGGCUGCAAGCCCCCAGGCUAAACCACAACAACCAAGGUCUUGAGCUACCCACUCCUGUCAGUGCUGAUAGGUUGGCCUCAUUAUUAGUAGGUUAUGAUGCGGUUAAGGUUUCUAUUCUUUUCAACGGUUUUCAGUUUGGUUUUGCUUUGCAUUAUGAGGGCAGUCGUGAGUCGGCAGUUUCUGGUAACUUGUUGUCCACCAAGGACAAUCCUGAGGCCGUAGAUAAAAAACUUAUAACAGAAUUGCAAUCUGGGCGUUUAGCCGGACCUUUCGUCACUCCACCCUUGGUCCCUUUCAGGGUUUCGCCCCUAGGUUUGGUACCCAAGAAGUUGCCUGGGGACUUCAGAUUAAUUCAUCACCUGUCAUACCCCAAGGGCUUGUCUGUGAAUGAUGGCAUUUCAUUGGAACAUUCCACAGUGCGCUAUGCCACGAUUGGGGAUGCCAUUUCCAAGAUUAGGGCUGCAGGGCGGGGGUGUUUUUUGACUAAAACCGACAUCAAAAAUGCCUUUAGAAUUAUUCCUGUCCGACCUCAGGAUUAUAAUUUACUUGGCAUGCAAUGGAAAGGGUUUUACUAUCAUGAUCGUUGCAUGCCCAUGGGCUGCUCUAGCUCUUGCAAAACAUUUGAGUUAUUCAGCACUGCCUUGGAGUGGAUAGCUUUGGAGAAAUUGCGAUUACCACAGGUAGUCCACCUACUAGACGAUUUUCUUUUUAUUUCGCCAAGUCAACACUUAGGUGUCAUGCAUUUGAAUUUAUUUUUGGAUGUUUGUAAUUAUUUGGGAGUCCCAAUAGCCCCUGAAAAGACACUAGGGCCUUCCACUACAUUAUCCUUUGCUGGAAUUGAACUAGAUACUAUACUGUUUGAAGCACGGCUGCCUGUAGACAAGAUUCAGAAGUGUUUAGAUACCAUCUCUAAAUUUCUGACUAGAAAGAAAGUCACAUUGAGGGAGCUACAGUCUUUGAAUGGCCUACUGAACUUUGCAUGUUCAGUGGUUGUCCCAGGCCGUGCAUUUCUUAGGAGACUUAUCGAUUUGACAAUAGGCAUCAAUUCGCCUUUGCAUUACAUUAGGUUAUCAAGGGAGGUCAAGGCGGAUUUAAGGGUUUGGCAGUGUUUUCUUGAAGAUUUCAAUGGUAAAUCAUUCUUUUUGGAGGAUACCUGGCACAGUUCUGAUAAGCUUAAGUUAUACACAGAUGCAUCUGGAGCUAUAGGUUUUGGGGCUGUUUUCGGAAAUAAGUGGUGCUAUGGUACAUGGCCAGACAACUGGAAGCAUCGUAACAUUGCGAUAUUGGAGUUUUAUCCCAUAGUUCUCAGUCUCUUACUCUGGGGCAAUGACAUGAGCAAUAGGUGUAUCCUAUUCUUGACUGAUAAUGAAGCAUUAGUACAUGUGAUAAAUAAGCAGUCCUGUAAGGAUAAGGAAUUGAUGUUUUUUGUGCGGCAAUUAGUUUUGACAUGUCUGAAAAAUAACAUAUUUUUCAAGGCGAAACACAUUCCUGGUGUUCGGAACAGCUUAGCCGACUCCUUAUCUCGUUUACAGCUUCAGAGAUUCAGAUUAAUGGCUCCUCCCACAGUGGAUCAGCUGCCAGCGGAGAUUCCAGCCCAUCUGCAGCCUCAGAACUUGCAACUGUUGUAACUAAACUAUUGCAGUCUAGCUUACAGCCAUCUUCUAUGCCAAUUUAUAGGAGAGCUUGGAACCUUUUUUCUCAGUUUAUUUAUGCUACCAACAUUGCCUUUUCAGCAACCCUUCCUAUUUCACCUUCCACAUUAGCUUUGUUCAUAGCAUAUCUUUUUGACAAGAAUUAUGCUCCCGCAACAGUGAAUACCUAUGUUUCAGCCUUAGGCUAUCUACAUAGGCUUUCAGAUUUGCCAGACCCUUCUAAAGCCUUUUUCAUUUUGCAGAUGCUUAAGGGUUACGGAAAAAUAGGUUUCCGUUUAGAUUCGCGCCUUCCAAUAACCCUCCCAAUUCUUCAUAAACUCAUAGAGGCUGCAAAUAAUUUCUCAUUGAGUAGUUUUCUUAUUGCGCGGUUCCAAGCUAUGUGUCUUUUAGCUUUUCAUGCCUUCUUACGAGUUGGUGAGAUAACCACCUCCUCGGGUAACAAAGGUAAUCCCCCUCUUGCUAUCUAUCAAAUUACCAAAAUGGUCAAUGAACAAAAGGAAAUUGUAGCUCUUAAGCUUACCUUUGGUAAUUUUAAGCAUAGUUACAAUCAGCACCCAUUUUCAAUCGAAGUAUCGCGUAGGAAUGAUGUUUGUCCGGUACAACAUAUUAUGAAGUAUUUAUCUCUCCGGGGUAGUGGGCCAGGACCUAUUUUUAUUUCUGCGGAUGGUUCCCCUGUACCUAGAUCAGAAUUUACGGACAGGCUUUCAGUUGCCAUUAAAUCAUGUGGGUUAGACCCCUCCAGAUACAAGGGCCAUAGUUUCAGAAUAGGUGCUGCUUCUAAUGCUGCAGAUGCUGGCAUGUCCGAUGCGCAGAUUAGGGCCUUAGGCCGCUGGAAAUCCAAUGCAUUUCUGAAAUAUAUUCGCAUCCAAUCAGUGUCCACAUCUGUUUAGAACCAGAAGGCAACUUGCAGGGGGAGUUGUCCUUCACGCUUGGCCCUGAACUGAUUCUUUGUCUAGCAAGGGCAGCGGAGAUUUUGUUUCGGGGUCAAGAGUACAUUAGCAUUUGCAACUUGGUAUCUGGCUAGCAAAGGCGGCAGGUUUAAUGCUGCAUACUUUUUACGCAACUUGCAAGGGCAGUUGCCACUCAUUCUUGGCUCUGAAGUGGGGCCUUGUCUAGCAAGGGCAGCGGGGUUCUCUAUUUCAGAGCCAAUGAUUUGUCAAUAACAGUUGGAUUAUAGUUAUCAAUAAGGUUGUUUUUCCUAAGUAUGUGCUGUUUUUCCUUUGGGUGGGGCUAGCAUCAUGUUUGUGAUGCUUUUGGCGUUUUGUUGCCCUCACCUUUACUGGGCUAAGAUAAUUGAAAAUAUUGUAAAUAUAAAGUGAAAAAAUAAUUAUAUUAAAUACGGCUUUGGGCGUGGCCCAUAGCCAAUUAAGUCCAUACAAUGGUGUGGUCUACAUUGAUCGGGGUUGGGCCCAGUAAACUAGCUUCAGGAAAAGCAGCAUUUUACCUUGUAAUUGCGAGAGAGAAAAGCAUAAAGGAAAUAUUUGUUUGCAAAUAGAAAUUUUAUGCUUUAUUUCGAGCACUGUUUAGUAGCAUGUAUGUUAUGUAAUAUUAUUUGUGGUCGCGUGUCAGCACCAUGUCUGUUAGGAGGACAAAGAGGGGGGUCAAUUAAUUGUGCAUUAUCACAUACACGUGACCGCUUAGCAAGGAUCACUUGUCUUCUGUAACUCGUUGAGAACAGAAGUGUUUUUUGACCCACCACCUCCCCCUUUUCUCCUCCUCACACUAUCAGAUUUUAGAGUUGUCAAGUUGGUUGCGUUUUGUUGCCCUCACCUUUACUGGGCUAAGAUAAUUGAAAAUAUUGUAAAUAUAAAGUGAAAAAAUAAUUAUAUUAAAUACGGCUUUGGGCGUGGCCCAUAGCCAAUUAAGUCCA